AUGAAUCAGAAUUUCGAUUUUGGGUCGACAACACCUUCGACUGCCACGUCGACGACUUCUUCAACACAACCCGAGGGAAAUGAUCAUUUACAGGUUGGCAAAAAAAUAAUGUUGAUAAUUUUAAAAAGGUAUUGAUUUUCAGAGGUUGGCUGCGAUGACACAAGGAGUUGGAAAAGAGGAUCCGGAAUCAUCGAGUGUGACAUCAGCUGAAGCUGCAUUAUAUCCAGGUUAGUGGGGUUCAAUUUUUCUUAAAAUUGCUCUAGUUUGAAAAAACUUAGUGAGUAGGACUUCAAAAAUUCAAAAACAAAUCUUUUGAAAAACAUCUGAUAUAAUAUUUUGAAAAAGUUCAAUUUUCAGCCGCUUACAUGCAAGGUUAUGGCUGGCCUAACUACUAUGGUCAAUUUGGUCAAUCACUAGCUCCGCCAGGUUUUCCAACAUGGCCAAAUUGCUAUCCAAACGCAGCUUGGCCAAAUUACGGUAAGUCUCAUCACUCCCAGAAUCCCCAAAAUAUUCCAAGCAGAUUUUUCAGCGGCCUCGAAAAAAGGUCGACAAACCUAUCAACGAUAUCAAACAUCAGUUCUCGAAGCUAAAUUCCAACAAUCUUCCUAUGUUUCAAAAAAGCAGCGAGAAGAGCUUCGCAUUCAAACACAAUUAACAGAUCGUCAAAUCAAAAUAUGGUUUCAAAAUAGGAGAAUGAAAGCGAAAAAAGAGAAGCAGAGAGUGGAUGAACAUGGAGAGCAUACGCCUUUGUUACCAGCAAAUCCGCCAAAAGGUUUGGAGCACGAUGAAGAGGCGAAGAAAUGGCAAAUGGCGGCGGCUGCGGCACAUUGGCCAACACCACAUCAUCCAUAUCAAUAUCCAUUGUAA